CUCUCCUAGCCGGUCAGUCAGCUCGUGCCAGUCAUUUCAGCGAGCCAGGUUCUCGAUAGAAUACGGUAACCAUGUUUUUCUCCAUUGCCAUAGCUACUUGUCACCAGAUGCUACUAUCUACCUUUAGCUAGCAGCGAAGGUCAGCUGUUCUCGCGAGCGAUGUUUAUUGAGAGCUCCGCGCUUCGUCCUGACGCAUCCCCAGUUUCAAUGCCACUAGCAACGAGGAAGUCUAGCCAGCCCUCUGUCACAUAACUCCUAACAUAUGAGCUCGAGGCAAUGCCUCUGGCUGUGACUUAUCAGGCUCCCCCUCCCAUCCUCAGAAAACACUCUCCUACCACUUCCACGCCACAACCACUAGUAGGGUCCGUCGGAAGCGGAAAACCCGGCGGAAAUGGCGGCGGAAAUGUCGGUGGAAAACCCGGGAAUUCCGGACAAGGUCUCACCGUGUUCGGGUUAGUUCAGCAGGCUCAGUUCGUACAGUUCGUGCUUGACCCGUGGACGGCUCGAAUACGCUGCGCUAGCGAGGGCGCAUGCGACGCUUUAGGUUACGCUCCCGAGGAACUAGAGGCCUUGACGUUAUGCAGUUUAGUUGACGGCUUGCCGUUAGCGGAAUGGCUGCAGCUGGUUGCGCCGCUCGCGACCGGCGAGCAACGCGGAGCGAAGUUCGCCGCGGGUCUGAGACCCGGCGGGAGCGGAGCAGGCGGAAACGGCAGAAGCGCGGGGGAAGACGCGGGGGGAAACGGGAAUGAGCGGUUGGCUGGGGGAGACGACGUUCGACGGUCCAGCAGCCGAAGCAGCGGAGGAGGCUCGGAAACAGCGGGAUUGCCGCUCAUUAGGCGGAAGACAUGGGGAGCGGGAGUUGGCGCAGGGAAAGGCGGAAGCGGCGUAGGCGCGGGAGCAGGGGGAGGGGUUUCCGCGGGUGCUGCGCAACCGGCGCUGCUGCCGAACAGCGCGUCGGAAGAGCUGCGGUCGUUUUCGUCCACGUCAGACAGCUUCUCCCGGGAUACGUUCCCUCAGAAUCAGAUAUUUUCGGACGAUGACGACGAUGACGAGGACGACUAUGGCGGGGAUGGGGUGCCGGACGCGCAGUGGGCGGAAGACGGCGCAGCGAGGCGGAGGAGCCGGCGGAAGCACAGGGAGGGGCGGAAGCGGCACCAGCAGCACCAGCGGGAGCAGCAGCAGCAGCAGCAGUGGGACCAGCAGGGUAGGGAACAGGGACGGGAGCAAGGAAGGGAGCAAGGAAGGGAGCAAGGAAGGGAGCAAGGGAGGGAGCAAGGGAGGGAGCAAGGGAGGGAGCAUCAGGGCGUAACAGCACAUGUUGAGACUGGCGAUAUUUUCAGCGGCGCGUCUGCUGCUUCUAGGGAGCUCCUUACUUUCUCUGUUCUCCUCCAGUACUUCGAAAGUAACGGCGAACGGGAGCUCGUAGCCACUGCACAGGAACACCCGCAGCAGCUCGAGCAACAGGGGCAACAGGAGCAGCAGGAGCAGCAGCAGCAGCAGCAGCAGCAGCAGCAGCAGGAGCAGGAACGGACAGGGCACAAGAAAGCACGACAGCAGUCGCAGGGGGGGAAUGGCGACGAUAUUGACGUUGACGUUGACGUUGACGUUGACGGGAACGAGAGCUUAUCCCCAUAUCCCAAGUCCUUUUCCCUCACGACGCAGCCCCAGACCGGUACUGGCGGGCCGGGCGCCGCGCGGUGCAUUUUAGUAGGCUCCGUAAACCACGGAAGCGGCUCGGAGAAGCAGGACGGGAGCGUCCGGGCGGAGGGUAAUAGAGUGGGCUCGGCGCUUCGGCGGGAGAACAGCUUAGGUGCAGGGCUACGGCGCGAGAGUAGCAUGGGUUCGGGCCGCUUACCCCCGCUCCCUUUCGCGGCGGGUGGGGAAGGGAAUGCACCAUCGCACUCGCACGCAGGCGCGAACGCUAACGCCAGCGCGAAUACGAAGGCGAACGUGGACGCGAGCGCGAACGCGAGGGGACCUGUGCAGGUUAAUCCGCAGCAGCAGGUGGCGACUAGGCCGCGAUUAAGGGGGUAUAAUGACCUGGACCUGACGUGGGAGGAGCAGGUGACGUGGCAGCGGCAGGAGAGCCCCGGAAUCGGCGGGGAUCGCGAGAGAGGGGGAAAGAGCGGAAUACGGGGGGGCGGCGGGGGAAGCAGGGGGAGCAGGGGGGAUUUAAGGGGUGGUGGGGGUGGUGGUGGUGAUGGCCCUAAGAGAGUACAGACGCUAGGAAGGCUGUCUGAGAGAAACGGGAGAAAGUCGCGAUUCAAAUCAGAGGGUGGCGGCUUCACCCACUCAUGGCUGGAUGACGUGGCGGACUCCCAUUGGCUCCCGGACCUGGAGUUCCGAGCGCUCCUAGACGCAGCAGGGAUAGGCCUGGCGGGGCUGCGGAUAGGCACUGCUGAGCUGGCGCACUGCAGUGCGGGCUUAGCGGCUAUGUUUGGGCGAUCGACUAAUGCUCUGGAGGGGUGCUUGCUGCAGGACUUCCUAAGCCCGCCUGACGUCCGCAGCUUCCAGAGCUGGUUCCGCAGCAUUUCAGCAGCCACUCUCUCAGCACACACGCAGCACCUAUCACCAAACGCCACGUGGCACAGGCAGUCCCACUACGACCUGCCCAUUGUCAUGCCAGGAGGCAGCAUACGGCGCAUUCGCCUCUCCUGCCACGUGGCGCCUGCCCCAGUGGGUGUGAGCGGGGUGAGCGGCGAUGUCCCCCCGUCCAUGUUCAUGGUCGUGUUCAGUGACCUCUCUGCUGCUGUGCACGGCUCCAAGGAGGUGCGUGCAAAGCGGUGGGCCUUUAUUCUCGAGCAACUACCAGCAGGGGUGGCCCAUAUGCUCCCAGAAGAAAGGCGCAGGGGGGGCAGUGGAGGAGGGGGGAGCGGUGGGGGCAGCGGAGGGGGGAGUGGUAACAGUGCUGGCAGCAGCAGGGACAGCAGGAGGGGGAGGAGCGGUAGCAGCAGCAACAGUGGUGGUAGCGGGGUGGCUAGUAUCGGGGAUGAGGUGGUUACUAACCCUCAUAUGGAGGCGAUUACGGGGUAUUCGAGGGAGGAGCUGAGUACGGUCGACUCGUGGUUCUCGUGCCUCUUCAGGGAACGGGCGGCAGAGGUUCGCAAGAUCCUAGAAUCAGACAGGGCCAUGGGCUUUAGAGAGUCGCGCACGCUUAGGAUGGUGCGGAGCGACGGCGAGCCGCGGUGGCUGGAGGUGUCGGUGCGGGACUGUGGUCCGGGAGGGGGGGAUGUGUGGGUGGUGAGCGACGUCACGGACCAUCUGAUCGUGAGGGAGAAGUUCCGCCUGCUCUAUGAAGCGUCCUCGGACGGCUAUCUUGUAUUUGAUGACACGGGCAUCACCGAGUGCAACGACGCGGCAAUCCACUGCCUGCGGUGCAGCGACAAGAGCGAGCUCAUUGGGCGGCAUCCCGCGUACUUUUCCCCCGAGCGGCAGCCGGACGGGCGGCGGUCGGACGAGAAGGCGGUUGAGAUGGUGGCACUGGCGACUGAGAAGGGCAUGCACAAGUUUGAGUGGAUCCACAUGCGCAAAGACGGCUCGCUCUUCCCCGUGGAGGUCACCCUCACGUUUCUUCAACUGGAGCACAACCGCCCCAUGCACAUGGUGGUGUGGCACGACCUGUCAGAGAUCAAGCAACAGGCGCGGGAGCUGCAGGCCGCCAAGGAGGCGGCGGAGAGAGCCAACCAGGCCAAGAGCCAGUUCCUAGCCAACAUGAGCCACGAGAUCCGCACCCCCAUGAAUGGUGUGAUCGGGGUGGCAGAGCUCCUCUUGGGAACAGACCUCACAGCGGAGCAGCGCUCCUAUCUCGAGAUCAUCCGCUCUUCGGGGGACAAUCUCCUGCGGAUCAUCUCGGACGUGCUGGACCUCUCCAAGAUCGAGAGCAAGAACCUGGCGCUGGAGAGCAUCGAGUUCAACAUGCACCAGCAGGUCACGGAGGCGCUGGCGCUGCUGGAAGUAGUCGCUAAGGACAAGGGCAUCUACCUGGAGCUGGAUAUCGAAGACGAGGUGCCGGGGGUGGUGAUGGGCGACCCAGUGAGGCUGCGGCAGGUGCUGCUGAACCUCAUCUCCAACUCCAUCAAGUUCACAGAGACUGGCGGCAUCACCGUGACCCUGCGGCUGGCCACGCAGGCGGAGAUGGGGGAGAUGGAGGAGGCACGGAGGGAGACCAAGAAGGGCUUGAGCAUACAGAGAGGGGAGAGCAAGGAGAAGGGGGAAGAGGGGCAGCAGGAGCAGGCGUGCAGCAGUGGUGGUAACCAGCCGGUCCCAGUUGAGGGAGGGGGAAGGGGAGGAGGAAAGGGAGGGGGAGGUGUAAGGGUAGCAGGCUCAGGAGACAAAGGCGGUGGUUCCUCUAAUGGUGUGGGGAGGGAAGGGAAAGCAGCAGUGAAAUCGAGAGAAGGGGCGGAAUCUGAGGCGGGGGGUGGGAAGGCGGGGGUGAUGGUGGUGGUGAGGUUCGAAGUGAGGGACACGGGGGUGGGCAUGGAUGAUUCGGCCAAGGGGCGAUUAUUCAAGGCGUUCUCCCAGGCGGACAAUUCUACGAGCCGGAGAUACGGCGGCACGGGUCUGGGGCUGGCGAUUUGUAAAAGCUUGUGCUAUUUGAUGGGAGGGGACAUUGGCAUGCACAGCCAGGUGGGAGUGGGGUCCACCUUCUUCUUCUACGUGCGCAUGCAGAGAGUCAACCCCAAGGACACCGCCAAGCCGGCAGGCGAGAGUGCUACGAGCAGCGAUGCUGAGCCGCUGUGGGUGCAGUUGCAGCAAGUGCGAGUGCUCGUGGCUGAGGACAAUAAAGUGAACCAGAUGGUGGCAACGCGCAUGCUGCACAACCUGGGCUUGAAGUACGACGUGGUGGAGAAUGGGAGGCUGGCCGUGCAGGCAUGCACCGACAGGCACUACGACAUCGUGCUCAUGGACUGCCACAUGCCUGAGCUGGACGGUUUCGAAGCAACGCGGCACAUCAGAGCCAUGGAGGCGGAAAGGCUAGCUGCAUACGCUGCCAGUGCUGGUGCUGCUGGUGCUGCCGGUGCUGCUGGUGCUACCGGUGGUGGCUACUACAGCAGCACCGACGGAGACAUGAGUGAAGCCAGCUCCCCCAGGCGGCGCACCCACCACCGCCGCCGCCGCCCCCACCGUACCUUUAUCGUUGCGCUUACCGCAUCGGCUCUUAGCGAGGAUAAAGACUCGUGCAUGGCUGCAGGGAUGGACCACUACAUGUCAAAGCCCAUACGGCCGAGGGAUCUAGAGAAGGCUAUACGGGUGGGGAUGGUGACUAAGAGGAGGAGGGAUUCGACUAGUGGGGAGGUGGAGUAUGGCGGGGGGUCGAAGCCGGUUUCACCGCAAAAGGGUUGUGAGGGGAGUGAAGGGUCGGUGUCUCCUUCUAAGGGGUAUGAUUCGGGUGAGAGAUCGGUUUCUCCUUAUAAGGGGAAUGAUUCGGGUGAGAGAUCGGUUUCUCCUUAUAAGGGGAAUGAGGGGAGUGAAAGGGUCGUGUCCCCGCUGCGGAUGAAUCAGCAGGAGAAGGGGCGGGGAGAGCAGGAGAAGGGGCGGGGAGAGCAGGAGAAGGGGAGAAGACAGCUCGUGUCGCAGCAGCAGCAAGAUUGGGAUGAGGAGGUGCAGCAGCAGCAGCAGCAGAGGGGCCAACACAGAAGGGACGAGGGGAGAGGAAGCGGUGGGAGUGGGGGGAGGGGCCAAGGAAGGGAAGGGAGAGUAGGGAGGGGUGAAGGAAGAGGCGGAGGAGGCAUGGGGCAAGUCAGUCAACUCCCUCCCCCGGUGCCAGUUAUUGGUCGUGACACAGGGGGUGGGGCGAGGGGAGGAGAGAGAGGGGAAAGGACAGCAGGAGGACGGGGAGGGCUGUCCUCUAGUGGAGGCGGAGGAGGUGUGGUUUCAGGUGGAAAUUCAGGGGAAAAAUCAGGAGGGAAAGGGUCAAGGUAUGGUGGUGGUGCUGUGGGGUUUGCCCCAAGUCCGUCCUUUGGUGCCUGGGAAGGAGUGCUAGGUGUGCAGGGGCUGACAGUUGAGGUCUUGCCCGAAGGGGAAGAGGAGAGGGAAGAGGGGGGAGAAACAAUGCAAGAGGCGCGUAGAAUGGCUGUGGGGUUUGGUCCUAGUCCGUCCUUUGGCGCCUGGGAAGGUGGGCGAGGGGUGCAAGGCGUGCAAGGUGUGCAGGGGCUGACAGUUGAAGCAUUCACAGAGGGAGAAGAGGAUGCAACGCAUUUGCACCCGCAGCAGCAGCAGCAGCAGCAGCAGUACCAGUACCAGCAGUACCAGCCAUACCAGCAGCAGCAGCAGCAGCAGCAGCAGAGGCAGCAUAACAACCAGAGGCAGCAGCCAAUACCGUCCCCUAGAAAGAGCCCCCACCACCAACAGCAACACUACCCGCCCUCUCCUCGCACCUCCCCUCACUCCUCUUCUCACUCCUCUCCUCGCACCACCCCUCACUCAAACUCGCAUUCCGCCCCUCUUCCCUCUCCUAGGCGCCAACCCAACCAGCAGGCUUCCCCCUUGCCCGCUUCAAAGCAGGCUGGGGGCCAAACCUCUCGGGCAGGUUCGGGAAGAUUAGGUUCGGCUGAGCUGCUGCGGUCUCCCAGGCCCGGCCGGACCACACCUGAGGGUCAGGCCUGGGGAAGGCCUAGCCCACGGGCUGGGUACGGAGGGGUGCAGAGCGGUGACGAUGGGUCGAGUGCUGGGUCCCCGUCAAGUGUUCGGUCUUGGGGGAGGAAUGGAGGAGAAGGGGGGUGGGGGGAGGGGCACGGAAUACCGGAGAGAGUGAAAGAGGAUGGCAGGGAUGGGGGGGGAGAGAGGGGGAGGGUGAAGGAGAGUGAGGGGGAGAGAGAGAGGGAAAGGGAGAGGGUGAGAGAGAGGGAAAGGGAGAUGGAGAGAGAGAGGGAGAGAGAGAGGGGUGAGGAAUCGGAUAGUGGAAGUGUGGUGGUGAAAGGGGAUGGGUGGAGCACAGGGGAGAGACUGAGUGAUGUGGAAGAGGGGUGCGGGGAGUCGGACGAGGGGAGGGAGUGGGGGAGAAUGGGAAGGGACAGGGGCGAGCAAAGAAUGCAUAGGGAGAAGAGGGAAGACGAAGGGGAAGUGGAAGAGGAGGAAGAGGAGGAGGAAGAGGAGAAAGAGGAGGAAGAAGAGGAGGAGAUGGCUGGAGUGCCGGAGCCAAGACGAAGCAGAACAGCAGGAGCCGGGGAGAAAGGGCUAGCAGCAGCAGGAGCAGCAGCAGCAGCAGCAGCAGCAGCAGCAGCAGCAGACAGAGAUGUAUGGGGGAAUCCUGGGGGAGGAGGAGCGAGAGAGGGGAGUAGAGGGAGAGGGGGGGAGAGGUACGAGGAAGCGAGGGGGGGUGGUGAAGCGGAGGGGCCUAGGCGAAGUAGCACUCUAGGGAGAGUUGAGGUAACACAGGCUAGGGGUGAGAAGGGAGGGGCGGAAGGAAGGAAGAGUGAACGAAUGGGAGGAAGGGACGUGUGGGGGGGGAAGGAAGGGUGGGAGGGGGAGGAAAGGGAGAAGAUGGAUGGUAGGGGCAGGAGAAGAAGCAGCCUGGAUGGGAGAGAGAAUAGUUGGGAAGCUGUCACUAGUCAAGAUGGGAGAAGGCCGACAGCUGCUGCUGCCGGGGAAAAGCAUGUCGGGGGUACGUUGAAGCAGGAUGGGAGAGAUGGGCAAACGAAUGAUAGGGCUCAGGAGGAGGUGGCCCGAGGAUUCAAGGGUACGUUGAAGCAGGAUGGGAGAGAUGGGCGAAAGCAUGAUCUGGCUCAGGAAGAGACUGGACGAGGCUACAAAGGUUCCUCCAGUCUCGUCCAGAGGCACGACGGGGCUUCAAGGGGUGAAGGAAGCACCAGCCAACACGCCCUUGAAGCCUUGGCAACUUCCAGGAAGGCCUCGUGGGAUUCUCAGGACAGCUGGGGAGCGGGGGGCGGAGGGGGGAGUGCGAGGGGAGGAGGGUCGGAGGGAGAAGAUGAGAGGAUGUUGCGAGAAUUUGCAGUUGCGGCGCUGACUAGCAAAGGGAGGGGCAUGGGAGGGGCGUCCAAAGGCAUGGGGGGGAAUGCGAGUGCGAGUGUUAGUCCCACGCUUCCCAAGCUCUUGUCUCCUGCGCCAGCAGCUGGUGCUGCUUGUGCAGGUAGCGCUGGCACCCGUGCUGGUGGUGGUGCUGCUGGUGCUGCUGGUGCUGGCUCCCGAAUCUCAGCCCCCUCUAUAGAGGAAAUCUGGACGCAAAUCAAAUCUCCAACAGCAGCAGCAGGAACAGGAACAGCAGCAGCAGCAGCAGCAGUAGGAGGAACAGGAGCAGCAGCAGCAGCAGCAGCUGUUGGAGAAGGUAGUGGAAGGAGAGGAGAAGGUUCCGGGGUGUUUGAGGCGCCUCAAGUUGCAAGGGUGACUCAAAGUAGAGGACCCAUUGCAGGGGCAGGGGGAGGAAGGGCGGCGAGGGGAGGGGAGGGGGCGGGCAGAGGGGUAGUAGGAGGCGUUGGGGGAAGAGGAACAGCAGGAGGGGGGGGAGGAGGCAGAGAUACUGUAGCAGGAGGGGCGACACCUCCACACAGUAGAUCUGCAUCCGACGGCUCUGAACAAGAGUUGCGUAAUCAAGGGCCAGGAUCGACCGGGCCUCAGAACCGACGGCUGGGAAUGGGCAAAUCGUCGAUCAGAAUCCCACCAAGGCCCACAGGGGGAUUUGAAAGUGGAGGAGCUGGAGGGGCAGGAGGGGGAGGAGGGGGCGGAGGCGCAGGCAGGAGUCCUUGCUUCAGCCCUAAACCACCUUUGGCUGCCACCACCGCCGGUGGUGGUAGCAGUGCUGGCAACAGUGCUGGCAGUGGCACCACUGCAAGCAGUGCCUCCAGAACGGGUGCUAGCGGUGCUGGUGUGAGUGCCGUUGCCACCAGUAGUGGACGUGGCAGCAGGGGAAGGGGCUUAGAAGUGGAUGGAUCGGGCCAUGGAGAACGCGCAAAAGGUGGCGAGGGGAGUGAGGGGAGUGGAGGUAGAGGUGGGGGAAGGGAAGGGGGAGGGGAAGCAGGGAGGGGAGGAGAGAGGGAAGGAGGGAGGGGAGGAGAGAGGGAAGGAGGGAGGGGAGGAGAGAGGGAAGGAGGGAGGGGAGGAGGGAGAGGCGGAGCGAGUGGAGGGGCAGAAGGGAAAGGGCAAGGAGAAUACGGUGCAGAGCGGUGGAAAGGGGACAGGAGGGAGGUGGGAAGAGCAGGGGAGGGGCCCCGGCCGCUGGUGCGCAGCACAAGCAUGGAGCCGCCGGUGCAGCAGAGACGCACGGGGUCAGAGCAGAAGGCGGCGCAGGACCUAAGGAUGUGGAUCGAGCGCGCGCACAACCCGCAAGUGGACAAGUGGAUCUCCCAGGUUGAAGCCAACUGCACACCGCCCAGGAAUGCAGCUCACAAGAAGACAAGGAGUGAGGUGCCGGCCUUCUUGCCGCCCCUCACCUCCAGCCCGGGCGGCACGGGUUCCCUCCGCCGCAUGCAGAGCUCUCCCCCCAUAUCCCCGGGUACUAGCCCCCACAACAGCCCAGGAAAUAGCCCUGAUAGCAAGAAACACAGUAGGGUAGCUAGUAGCAGGAAUCACAGAGGUGGUGGUGGUGAAAGACAUAGGUGGGCGAACAGGAGGGGUGACUAUAAUGAGGGUGAGGAUGCGGAUCUUCGGUUUGUUGAUCAGCCGAGGAGCAAGUCGGAUGGCAGUUCUUCCAUGAGAGCAGCGCGCGAGGCGGAGAGGAUGAGGGACAUGGACAGGAACAGCGGAGGACGAGGAUGGGCAGCAGAAGAUAAUUAUGCAUACGACUAACCCCUACUAUGUACAUGAGUACUUAUUGAGGAGCAGUGGAGCAGAGGUCAGCUUUUUUGUCUAUAUAUAUCAUUACCCAAUAAGAGAGGGGUUCUGAUUUCUCCUCUCUAUCUGUCUCUGGCUCAGUUCUGCUCUAAGAAAGCAGUUUCCAGCCUCGCACGUAGUUGCUCCACCCCUUGUCUUGUGAAUCUUUUCUCAAGACGCCAUGGCUGCCGCUAUGUCCUGGAGCACCAAGCUCGCGUGCCCUUCUUUCGAGGGUCUGUCUAGCCGUAGCCUGCCCUCCAACCGGGCUAACUCCAAUGUGGAGCUUCAGGCUAAGGGCGCGGAGGGUGCUCCCCGCACCACCUGCUCGCUGAAGGCGAUGCGCGAUCGUAUCGAAUCCGUUAAGAACACCCAGAAGAUCACCGAUGCGAUGAAGCUCGUCGCCGCUGCGAAGGUGCGCAGGGCUCAGGAGGCCGUCGUUAACGGCCGUCCCUUCUCGGAAAACCUCGUUAAGGUGCUCUACAACGUUAACGAGCAGCUCCAGAACGAGGACGUGGACAUUCCUCUGACUGAGGUCCGUCCCGUCAAGAAGGUCGCCAUUGUCGUCAACACCGGUGACCGCGGUCUGUGCGGUGGCUUCAACAACUACGUCCUCAAGAAGGCCGAGGCUCGCGUCGCCGAGCUGCAGAAGCUCGGCGUGGCUUACACCAUCGUGUCCAUCGGCAAGAAGGGUAACGCCUUCUUCAAGAGGCGUCCCCAGUACGCCGUCGACAGGUACCUCGAGGUCGGCGCUGCUCCCACCACCAAGGAGGCCCAGGCCAUCGCCGACGAGAUCUUCUCCCUGUUCGUGUCCGAGGAGGUCGACAAGGUCGAGCUGAUCUACACCAAGUUCGUGUCUCUGAUCAAGUCCGACCCGGUCAUCCACACCCUUCUGCCUCUCUCCCCCGCCGGCGAGGUCUGCGACAUCAACGGCACCUGCGUGGACGCUGCCGAGGACGAACUUUUCAGGCUGACGACCAAGGAGGGCAAGUUCGCCGUGGAGCGUGAGACGAUCAGGACCGAGACCCCCGAGUUCACCGGCGUGCUUGGGUUCGAGCAGGAGCCUGUGCAGAUUCUCGAUGCUCUGCUCCCCCUUUACCUCAACAGCCAGAUUCUCCGUGCCCUGCAAGAGUCCCUGGCCAGCGAGCUCGCCGCUCGUAUGAACGCCAUGGGCAACGCCAGCGAUAACGCCAAGGAGCUGAACAGGAGCCUUAACUUGACGUACAACAGGCGGAGGCAAGCCAAGAUUACUGGCGAGCUUAUUGAGAUUAUUUCCGGUGCCAGCGUCUAAGGAAGCAGUGCAGGAGUAUGCAUCAGUAGAGAGCUGUCUUGAAGCGUUUAUUAAUAUUUCAGCUCUGUGAUCUCAAACAAUCUGUCGACAAUAUUUUGUUAAGUGGUUUUCCUAAUCGCUCAUAGAUGAGA